UGUCCAGCGCUUCAGGAGGGGCCGCGCCGAGCCCAGCCGGGAGGGGCCGGGCCGGGGCUGCGGGAACAGCGGCGGCGGGCGGGUGCUGCGUGCCUCCAGGCCACCACACCAGCAUGGCUCUCUACAACAACGGGGCCAACGCGCCCUCGCCGCAGGAAGCCUCCAACGGCUUCGCGCAGCCCGGCGCCUCGGGGACGUGGCACAAGGCCGAGGAGGAGGUGAGGCUGGCGGAGCCCAGCCUGGUGAAGAAGGCUCACCGCGAGAUCCUGGACCACGAGCGCAAGCGGCGGGUGGAGCUCAAGUGCAUGGAGCUGCAGGAGAUGAUGGAAGAGCAAGGGUACUUGGAAGAGGAGAUCCGGCAGAAAGUGGGGACCUUUCGGCAAAUGCUGAUGGAGAAGGAAGGCGUGCUCACCAGGGAAGACCAGCAUGGGCGCCAAAUAGUGAUAGAGAACCACCACGGGCUGGACGGGGAGGACUACGCGGCGCAGUACCCCGAGUACGGCGAGGGCUGCCUGCUGCAGUGCGACUGCUCGGCCGAGUGCUAUCGCGACGACAGCAGCCACCGCGAGUACAGGCUGAAAAGACGGUCCAGCAGCUCCACCUCGCCGCCACCCAAGAAGAAAAAGAAAAAGAAAUCGGGUCACCGUCGGAGCCGCAAAAAGAGGAAACCCGGCUCGGAGCGCAGCUGCGACAGCUCCUCACCGAUCCGCAAGGAGAAGAAAAAGAAGACUGGAAAGAAACACAGACGCGACAGGUCUGAGUCGGGGUCCCGGAAGAAGAGAAGACACAGGUCCCGCAGCCCCAAAAACAAGCGGAAAGAGAAAAACAAAGAGCGCAAGAGGUCCCGCAGCGAGUCGCCGGCCUGGCGGUCGCACCGGCGCAGCAGCUGCAGCUCGCACAGCGCUUCGCUCUCCUCUGACUACAGCAACUCCAAAUCCCCCGGCAGGCUAAGCCCCAAGCACCGCGAGGACGGCCCCAAGGGCAGCAGCGCCCGCUCCAGCCGCAGCCCGUCCUCCUCCUCGCCGCGCCGCUCGGCCUCGCCGCACCAGAACGGGCACAAGGGCAGCGCCCAGAACGGCCGCCACAGCCACGGCGCCGCGCUCGAGGAGCCGCCGGAUAGGCUGGCCUCGCCGUCCCCCUCUCCGCGGCCUCGCGGCAGGACGGAGCCGCCGUCCCCCCGCGCCCGGGGCGGCCGUCACGGCGCCCGCAGCCCCCGCUCGCCCUCGCCGGAGCGAGCCAAGCACGGCCACCGGCACCGCUCCCGCUCCGCCUCGCCGCCACGCCACCGCGGCCAGGCCCCCCGCCAGCCGGCCCCGACGGGGCUCAGCCCCACCGGCUACAGCAGCGACUCGGAGGGCUCGGCCUGCUCCCACCCGCUCGGCCCCGACAGGACCCACGGCGCCCACGCCAAGAAGGUGAAGGAGCGGCACCACCGGGGCCGGCCCAACAGCAGCUCAGAGUCGUCGGCCAAGCACUCUCGGCACGGGGCCUCCGAGCGCAGGAAGAGCCCCUCGCACAGCACCGGGCACCGCAGCAGCUCCUGGAGCUCCAGCGGCUCCCUCUCCAAAUCCCGCUCCCGCUCGCGGGAGAAGAGGGCCGGGCGCAGCCGCAGCCGCUCGCCCUCGCAGAAGAAAACCGCCAGCAGAGAGAAGGACAAUGAGCCCCGAACACGCCACAGCGACCCCGAUCCCGCCCGGGCCCGGCGCCGCUCCCGAAGCUACUCCCCCAUCAGGAAGAGGAGGCGCGAUUCCCCCAGCUUCAUGGAGCCCAGGAGGAUCACCAGCGCUCGCAAGCGUCCCAUCCCCUACUACCGCCCCAGCCCCUCGUCCUCCAGCUCGCUGAGCACCUACUCGUACAGCCGCAGCCGGAGCCGCAGCUACGACAGCUACAGCACCAGCCGCAGCCGCAGCCGGACUCGCAGCCCCCCCAGCCGCUCGCGAAGCCCCAGCCGCAGCCCCAGCUACAACAGCCGCAGCAGCUCGGAGAGCGCCGGCUUCUGAGCCCCGCAGCCCCCCCACCCCAGCCCCGGGAGAACCCCCCCAGGAGGUGGAAAAAAAACGGGGGGGGCUGCUAAGGAUGGAAAGCGGGAGGAAAGUCAGGGGGCGGAUGGAAACCUUGCGGGGCAGUGGGCGACCCCGAGC